AUGGAAACCCAACAUUUUUAUCAUCCAUUGGUAGCAAAGACAUCAACUAUUAGUCUUUUGAAUGUUAGAGGGACGUCAAACCUUGGUUUCGAUGCAACCUUCAUAAAGCCACACAAACACAAACAAAACUCUUUUCAGAGCGGAUGCGGAGACUACUACAAGAUUAAGCAUGGGAAUUGUGAGAUGACAAGGUCAUAUAGGAAAGUUGCAUCAAUUGUGGCCAACAUAGAAGAAUACAAGUGUGUGAAAGAAGUAGUUAUGAGAAACCAAUCCGAGUUCCAACAGAAGUUGAUGAUUUGGGCAGAAUACAAGUGCGUUCCAGCGAUAAUAACAGCCAUUAAAAGAGUCAUGAUAAGUCAACUGAAGCUCCUAGUGAUGCUGGCGAUGGCUGGAAUGACCAUGUCAAUUAAUUUCGUGUUCAUUUUCUUGCGAGACUCUGCACCCGACUUCCCACCUCUUUGGUUCAAAGCUCUUACUGCAACCAUUCCAUUUUUACCUGUCCUUCUUAACUUCUUCUCAUCCCCAAAACCACCACCGUCAGAUAUACAGUUGCUGCCUCCAUUCUCGGACAGACUCUCGGAUUAG